GUGCGGCCCGGGAAGGGGCGGGGGCGGCGGGCUGGGCUGGGCACGGCUCGGCACGGCUCGGCACGGCUCGGCACGGCACGGCUCGGCUGGGCAGCGCGGUCCCCGGAGCCGCAGGGAUGGCGCCCGCGGGGACCGAGGCCGCCCCGGCCCGCCGGUGAGGUGCCCGCCGCCCGCCCCCAGCCCCAGCCCGGCCGCGCGGCGAGGGAGAGCCCGGCCCACGAUGAACAAGCUGCCCUUCCACAACAACCGAGUCAUGCAGGACCGCCGCAGCGUGUGCAUCUUCCUCCCCAACGACGACUCCCUCAACAUCAUCAUCAACGUGAAGAUCUUGUGCCACGAGCUGCUCGUGCAGGUGUGCGACCUCCUGAGGCUGAAGGACUGCCACCUCUUCGGGCUCAGCGUCAUCCAGAACAAUGAGCACGUGUACAUGGACCUGGCCCAGAAACUCUACAAGUACUGCCCCAAGGAGUGGAAGAAGGAGGCCAGCAAGGUCAGCGGUGAGGUGUUGCAUGGAGAGAUGACGGCACUAAGGCCACCUCUGUCCCCGGCGCAGGGGAUCGACCAGUUCGGCCCCCCCAUGAUCAUCCACUUCCGAGUGCAGUACUACGUGGAGAACGGCAGGCUGAUAAGCGACCGGACGGCGCGGUACUACUACUACUGGCACCUGCGGAAGCAGGUGCUGCACUCGCAGUGCGUGCUGCGCGAGGAGGCCUACUUCCUGCUCACCGCCUUCGCCCUGCAGGCCGACCUGGGCGACUUCAAGCGCAACAAGCACUACGGGAAGUACUUCGAGCCCGAAGCCUAUUUCCCCGCCUGGGUGGUGGCCAAGAGGGGCCGGGACUACAUCCUGAAGCAUGUCCCCAACAUGCACAAGGACCAGUUCGCUCUGACGGCCUCCGAGGCCCACCUCAAGUACAUCAAGGAGGCCGUGCGGCUGGACGACGUGGCCGUGCACUACUACAGGCUGUACAAGGACAAGAGGGAGGUGGAAGCCUCUCUGACGCUGGGGCUGACCACACGGGGCAUUCAGAUCUUCCAGAACCUCGACGAGGAAAAGCAGCUGCUCUACGACUUCCCCUGGACAAACGUGGGCAAACUGGUGUUCGUGGGCAAGAAGUUUGAGAUCCUUCCCGACGGGCUGCCCUCGGCCAGGAAGCUCAUCUACUACACGGGCUGCCCGCUGCGCUCCCGCCACCUCCUGCAGCUGCUCAGCAGCAGCCACCGGCUCUACAUGAACCUGCAGCCCGUGCUGCGGCAGGUCCGCAAGCUGGAGGAGAACGAGGAGAAGAAGCAGUACCGCGAGUCCUACAUCAGCGACACCCUGGACCUGGACAUGGAGCAGCUGGAGAAGCGCUCGCGGGCCAGCGGCAGCAGCGCCGGCAGCAUCCGGCACAAGCGCCUGUCGCGGCACUCCACCGCCAGCCACAGCAGCUCCCACACCUCGGGCAUCGAGGCCGACCCCAAACCCCGCGAGAUGGGGCCCGAGGACGCCGGCGUCCACCGCAAGCUGAAGACCUGCAGCUCCAUGACCAGCCACGGCAGCUCCCACACCUCCGGGGUGGAGAGCGGGGGCAAGGACCGCCUGGAGGAGGACUCCCAGGAUGACGAGAUAGAGAUGCUGGUGGACGACCCCCGGGAGCUGGAGCAGGCGGGCGAGCUGGCGCUGGAGGUGAGCCCCGACAUGUGCGUCUACAUCACCGAGGACAUGCUGCUGUCGCGCAAGUUCAACGGGCACUCAGGGCUGAUCGUAAAGGAGCUCAGCUCCUCCACCUCCAGCUCCUCGGAGACGGUGGUGAAGCUGCGGGGGCAGAGCACGGACUCCUUACCCCAGACGGCGUGCAGGAAACCCAAGACCUCGACGGACCGGCACAGCCUGAGCCUGGACGACAUCCGGCUCUACCAGAAGGACUUCUUGCAGCUGGCCGACCUGUGCCAGGACACGGCGCAGAGCUACACCUUCGGCUGCGGCCACGGCCUCGCCGAGGACGGCCUCUACUGCCACGGCUGCCUGGCCCAGCAGUGCAUCAACAUCCAGGAGGGCUUCCCCGUCAAACGAACCAGCAAAUACUUCUCGCUGGACCUCACCCACGACGAAGUCCCGGAGUUUGUCGUCUGAGCGCCGCGGGGCCAGGACUGGCUGCUGUCCCCCCCCCAACACGCACACCGGGGUGUGGGGGGGUCUCGGCCCCGCCGCCCCCCAGCGCCGCCUCCCCGGCCUCUCCCGGAGACCGUGGGGCACGGCAGGGUGACGCCGGCGGUCCCCCCCCCCGGCAGCCUUUUGCCUCUGGGAAUGGUUUGUGCGAAGCGCAAAGUCCUCUUUCGCCUCGGAGAAGCACAGCUCGCUUGGCCCGGCGGAAACCAGCCCGUAUUUCCUCAGUGCCUCGGGGCAAAUUUUGGUUUUCUCCCCUCCCGGCCCCUUCCCUUCACGCCGCCGCUGGCUCCUGCGGUGGCUCGGUGGCUGCGGCGAGAAGAUGCUGGAAAGGAAACACCGGAUUGCUGCGCCCAAGCCAAGCCAAAGAGAUGUAAAUCCCCUCCAGGCCAGUAUGGGAAGCGAGAAUGAAGCAAUAAGUAGCCGGGGAUGUCCGCGCUCGGGGAAGGGAGGGGAGGAAGGCGUCAGCAGGUUGCUGCCGAGGCAGCGCCUGAACCCAGAUCUUCCAAAAACGCGCUGGAGCUCGGUCCCGGUCCUGCUGGGGGACGCGGGGCGAGCGGGGGCUUCAGGCCUUCACGGAGCUUUAUUUAAAAAAAGAAAAAAAAAAAAAAAGAAACCAAAAAUACCGCACCCAAGAAAACCCAAAGGAAAGGAGAAUGGAAAAGGAAAGGUCACCUGUAACGACACUGCAAUAAUGCUUCCCAACCUUUAAAUAUAUAGAAAUCACAUAUAUAAAUAUAUCAAAGUAUGUAUGUUUAUAUAUGUCUGGAUCUUAUAGACCCAUUUUCAGUUUAUUUCUGCGCUGAAAUGCCUUUUAUACAAAGGAUACGCCUUUCUUCAACAAAGCAUAUAGACAAUCAUUUUUUUUUUUCCAAGCACUAAGGUGAGCAAAUAGACUUUCCUAGCGAGAAGAACGUGUAUGCAGCCACGGUGGGAGCGUGGCUUUUCCCGGCGUGGUCUCAGCUCUGUUUUAACAAGGCUUUUCGUGCGUCCUUCGGUCUUUUACGGUUCGAAAGGUUCUGCCAAAGGACGGUGGCGACGUGCUGGAAAAACGCACGUGUUUUUUCUGAGCAUGUCCCCGGGAAGGUGUAACGCUGCCCGGUGGUACCGGAGGGGAAAGCGUCAUGGCAGCACGUCCUCACAGCACAAUGCCUUCUCAGCCGGUAUUUUUGAUUAGAGUUUAGCCAUCGACAGCCAAAGUUUUACCCUAUUUUGAUAUUACCGCCUUUUUUUUUAACUGGAAACUUUUCUUAAAAAAAAAAAUAAUAAUAUUUUAUAAAUAAGCACAAUCUUAUUUUUCUAAGAAACGUUGGGAGGGGGGGAUCAGUACCAAAAAAAAAAAGCGGAGCGGAGCUGUCGGCACAGUGCAAGAAAAUCGGGGUUAUUGCGACGGGGGAGCUGGGUGGGAGCGGUGGGCACGGUGGGACCGAUGUGCGUCAUGGGAAAACGAUGUAGGGAUGCCAGCAGGAGGCUGGGGACCCCGUGGAAAUCCCCCCGAAACCCACCCAAGGCAGUGGUGGGAUGCUGCACGGGGGCUCAGGGCCCUGCUUUGGUUUUCGGGGACCUCGUAAAGCACCCCAAAAGGCCGAGGGACGGCUCAGACACCACAUCCCGGGCUGGGAUGCUGGGGUUUGCUACCGACGGCCGCCAUCCGCGGGUGGGUUAUGGUGUGCUGAGGGGAUCGGGAAAUCCCCCAAAUUCAUCCCUGUCCUCUCCCCCUUCCCUGAGAGGCUGCAGCACCCGCCCUGGGCGCUCACCCAUGGCUCUGCUGAAAGAAACGUGCAAAUAAGUGCUUGGUGCUGAUCAGGGAGCGUGGGGGGGAUAGUGGCAAGCUCGAGGCCUCGCUAUUCCUUUCCCCACCUCGUCCCGCAGCCGAAACCGAAGCAGAGCAGCUGGGAGCUGGGCACGGAGCCCCAAAACCGAGCACGCAGCCCGGCACCGAGCGGGGUCGCUGGCAGCAGUGCAGGGCGAGAGGCCGGCGCGUGCCCGGGGGCUGCGGGAUGCAGAGGUGCCGCGCGUGUCCGGGACCGCUGCGUAGGUCGGGGUGGGGUGGGAUGGGGUGUCAUGGGGUUGUCGGUGGCCUUCUGAGGUUGGUGCUGCUCCCUCGGCAGUACCGGGCUGUCUGCGUGCGCAAACUGAAUAGUCCUUUCCGUGAAAGGAUCCUCCUGUCAGGGCGACGUGAGAGCGGGUGACUGUGUUGCGAAAGCCAAACCCGAGUAAAACGGCCCCGAAACCCCAGCGCGACGUGGUUUUGUAACGAAGAGGUUUGUCGUGCGCCUUUCGCGGUACGGCUAGAGGUGACAAUAAAGUUCCCCUUGUUUGCA